GAUUCUCUACUACAACGCACAGUGCAGAAAGCCCUAUGCAUAAAUAAUGAGUGAUCGCCGGGAGCUUACUACAUAAGCAUAAUUUGCUACGUGAUUCAUAUGAAGACCUUUAGUUGCAAAAGUUACAGUUUAAAUUUCAGUAAGCCAGUUCACAGUUACAACUUAACUUACUGCUUGUAACUAGUUUCAACUAUUAAUAACCAGUAAUCUAAUAUCAUUCAUGUAAGUAAAUCGUAUUAAAACGAACGUUACGCAAUAUUUGGGCGGGCUACCAAGAUUGGGACAAAGCGCCCCUGACAACAGGCAUCGGUAACACGUGUCCUUGGCAGCACGGCGAAACGUCAAUGGAAUUUAAUAUUCCGUCUACGAUAACCCAGUUAUCGUAACGUAAAGUUUAUAUAAAAAGCGGCAAGUGCGCGAGGCAUCCCUUGGCGCGGGUAGUACCACUUGCCCGCCCGCCGCCGCCGCACGUAAGCUCUCCCAGCUACGGAACCGCUACGCACGCACCCUGCACUUAGUUGUCGCAACUUUUGACACGAUAUUGUUUUUUAAUGCACACGAUUUUAUAAACACACAGUAAAAAAUUACACAUUAGAUACGUCAUUUGAAUGAUAAUUUUGCACUAAUUGUCAAAAAUCACACGAGCUUUUUCUUAAUAACGAGCUUUUCCUAGUUUUGUAUGUAGGUCACUUCAAGCAAUAGGUAAAUGAUAGGAUAGGUUGGUGAAAGCUAAACAGUGACCUCAGAGACAACUAGAAUACAUUUUAGAAGUCUUUAUAAUUUAUUUUUAUCGCGAAAAUUGAACACCAAAAAGGCAGUGGCUUAGUGAAAUAACACCACUGACAUUCAACUUCGAAUAAAAGUCUGUCUGAAAUUAUGCUAAGUUCGAUUUACACAGCUUCUACACCAAUUAAUCCACCUUCACCACGUACAACAUUAAAAGAUCUUCGUUGACAAUAAUGAGGAGACCCGGCAUCAUAAAAUGAGUCUGUUCGUUGACUUGCGUCAAAUCAAGUCUUCCGUAACAAACCUCUCAGAAAUGGUGGACAAAAUAUCAUCUUCAGUUACCAAAGAGAAGAUACCGGAAGAAAACAUUCCAAAAAAAGAACACUCAGUGUUGUACGGCAGUAUGUACAAACCCACGACGCUCGGCUUUGGUGUCCGCUUCUCUAGUCAAGAGGAUGUUUUCCGGGACAUGCCUUCGUCCAGGCUGCGGAGUCAUGUGUCCCUUCCAAACUUAGGGAAAGCAGAUGGUCCAUUUGAGAGACCAUCUACAUCCAGAGAAGAUCGCCCGAAAAUCGAGGAAAUCGACGACGAAAAAAGCGACACUACCAACAAACCUACUCUACAAUUAUCAGCUGAAGAAUUCGGUGACUGGAUCGUCGCUUCUUUGAAUAAACGACCAAACUUUGAUGAUACUGGUGACACUCAUCCCAUGGAUUUCAUAGAAAGCAUAAAAUAUUACAUCUCUGAAUUAAAUAUGUCCCAAGACAAGCAGCUUCCGUUCAUAAUAUCGUGCCUUGAUGGUGUGCCGCUGAUGUGGGCCCGUUGCUUCAGACACGAAUUUAAAGAUGUUGAAGGAUUUUAUAGCGCUUUCGAGCAAGAAUUUUGGGGGCCAGAUAGACAAAAGUCUGUGCUUUACGAUAUGAAACUUGGAAAGUACGACGAAACCAAUGCACGAAUGAGCAUGUCUGAAUACUUUUUGCACAAGGUCUCUAACUACAGACACUUGAAUCCGCCGCCAUCGGAUUUGGAAAUCGUCUACUCGCUAGCAGCCCACUUCCCGUCUACAGUGGAGCUAGAGCUGCGGUUGGCACCGAAGCCCACGUUACGUGAUGCGUACCGUUUACUGCGCCGUAGAGAUGGCGAGACGGGCGAAUUCCUCCCCAACUACCUAUUCGAAAUGUGCGAAGCUUUUCAACGCGGGCAACGUAUCGACUCCGGGCGGCGCUACGAAGGAUCACACUCAGCGGCGUCAGAUUAUAGACCAAAGACACCGAAAUAGUCUUUUUAGUAUCUUCUUAUUAAAAUAGCGAGCACGUAUUGUACUUAUUAUACAAAUAACAGCACUGCCAUGUGUAUUCAUUUACUUAGUUAUAAA